AUGCUACUGAGCGACCCUACUGGUCAUUUAGGCCUUGAGACAGUGCGCCGGCGGCACCGCCGAGACACACCACCGGACCCGAGCCCCGCGGCACCCGGCACCAGACCGGCCCCGCAACCAAGGACCCUGACCGCGAGCCCCGCCGCACCACCGAUGUUGGAUUGUAAAAUGACAGCUGUAAUAAAAUAUAGCGAAGACCUAUACAAAUACAUGUUCAUAGAGAAAUCUGAUCCAAGGGCGAACCAGUACUUUCUUAUCAAUUCACCAGGAUUACUCGCUUCAAUACUACUGUUUUAUUAUUAUUUUGUCUAUUAUGGAGGUAGGCAGUGGAUGGAAAAUCGGAAACCUUUUAAUCUUAACACAUUUAUGGUGGUUUACAAUGCCAUUCAGACAGUAGCGAACAUGUAUAUUUUUGUAAAAGGCAUGAAACUGCUGAUUGAGUUUGAUGCGCCGUUUUCAUGUCUGCAUCUAACGACCACCACAACUCGUCAUGACUGGGAGGUCGUAUCAACUACGUAUUUAUAUUUCCUACUAAAGAUUUCAGACUUAACUGAUACAGUUUUUAUGGUAUUGAGGAAAAAUUACCACCAAAUCAGCUUUCUCCACGUUUACCACCACAUCGGAAUGGUUAUUGGAACUUGGUGUGUAACCAAAUAUAUACCAGGUGGCCAUGGCGCAGUUGUAGGCAUAAUAAACGCCAUAGUCCAUAUUGUAAUGUACAUGUAUUACUUAAUUUGCGCUCUCUAUCCCCAUUACAAAGCAAACAUUUGGUGGAAGAAGAAUAUCACACAAAUUCAAGUGAUCCAAUUUGUCGUUCUGUCUAUACAUCAUGCAGCAGCCCUUUUUAAUCCGAGCUGUAACUACCCGAAGGUCCCUCUUGCAAUUUUCAUGUCCCAGGCUCUGCUCAUGUUCGUACUGUUCUCGAAAUUUUACAUUAAAACUUAUAUCCAACCCAAGAAGAAAACUGCCUCAUUGAACGGAAACGAUAAAAAGCAAAUGUAACAGAAGUUACGAUUUAUAUAUGUACAGAAAUAUUUUUUUAUGUUGAUUUUUUUAAUAAAAUUGUUUGUUUUUAAAA